GAUAAUCUGUUAUUAUUGAUCGGAUGUUUCUUUAAAGCCACGGGCGACCGCCUUCAUGGCACGUUAUGUAUGAAUGUCUGUGCGCCGCGAGCUUUCUAAGGAAAUAAUCAUUAUAUAUGGGGUACAUAUCCUCUUUGGUUUGGUUUAGCCUGCCUGUGAAAGGUGACCUCAAAAAAUCAAACAGCCACCGAAUGACUUCAGGUACCAUAUUCUGUAAUUAAGUUAAUUGUGUUUUUAGAUGUGGAUUUAGAGCAAGAAUGCUUUGUGCUAAGAUCUUAAACGGAGCUUAUUCUCAUUUGUUCCACUGACUAGAUUGAAUAAGCUAGCGAGGAAACAAAUCCACAGUCAAGAAACUUGAUCUUCGCCGCUGUUGUCUACAAGCACUGUGGAUAAAUAAGAGGAUCGUAGUCGUCGACAAUUUGCGGUUUAGCGGCAGUAACAGCGAUCGAAGUUCUUCAGUGCAUGUCCAAAGAUUGUGGAUUUUGGCAAAUUAUCUCAAGACGCGAGGAACAAACGCUUCAUUCAACUAUGGGCUCAUUGAACCAUGAAUUGCAGCUCCUACAAGGCAAUCAUUUUCCCGAGGACUCCGUGGGAAGUACAGAAACCCAAGUACUUCGAAAAGAGGGACGGAUAUCGCGCAAACUCCUCGUAUUUGCUUUUACGGUAGUGACGACUGGAAUAAUAUGUUUGGUAGUCGGCAUUGCAUUUCUACGUAUGAAAGAAUCGCAAAAUGACAAUUUAUUAUCCGCAACAGUAAGCCCAAACGAGAACACGCCACCUCAAAAUAACGAGUGCUCGAUUCAAACAUCGGUGACCCCGAAUUUCACCGAAAGUUGCAGCUUCUCGCGGGAGUUCAGAGAAUCAGGUAUUUAACAAGAAUAGCCUUGUUGUUUUAAUUAAUCGUUUGUUAGUACUUUGGAGUGAAAAAAAACACAGACCACCCACUACUACGAACAACCAGGUCUCUAAUCCGCUUUUAUGAGCAAUUGAUUACGUCUUUUACAAUUCAAAUAAAGCCAUCACUUUUGUAAUAACUCUUAACGGAUAGCUCAUGUCGUUUCGGCCAAUUAGGUGGUCAAAGGUCAAAGCCAAAAAAGAAUUUUUUGCAAGCGAAAAAUGCGAUAGAUCUUCCGGAUUUUCAAAUUUACGAGAUUGUUUUGAUGAUUUCUGUGAUUUAUAAAUCUUGUCAUCUGAUGAAAAAAAUUAAAUAUUCAUUUUCUGACUGCAAAGAACUCUGUUAAUGGAGAAAAUUGAAAGACUAUUGAAAUGAGGAUAAACUUGUUAUUUUAUAAAUUGUAUAAGGCACUUUUCACAUUUUGUAAACGUUUUUCUAACAAAGAAAUUCAAGAGGAUUAGUUAGAAGCCAUCUAAAAUCACUAAAAUUGAGUACCUCUAGCGAAACACUCGCUAAUAAAUGCAAAUUUAAUAACCUUUUCAUGUCCUCGAGCAAGAAUGUCAAAAAAAUGAUGAAAAAAUCAACAAAGCAAUGAUUACUUUAUUCGAUGGUCAAAACAAAUUAGCGACUCUUGCUAUGAAGUGUAAUAGUUAAUGAACUCAAACGGAGACCUUUUUUUCACCCUGGAGUUUCAGCGAUUAUACACUGAGGCACGAAUUUUGUAUUUCAGUAAAACUGAUUCCCCAUACAGAAUAUUUUCUUGAUAGCAAACAAAUAAAAGUCGUUGCGUGUUGGCCCAAUAGUUUAUUAAGUUUAUCCUAGGAACCUUGGAGGGACAUUUACGUGACUGAUGAGAGUCAGGAAGAUUUUGCGCAAUCUCUGAAAGUCCGGAGGAAAUCGUCAAAAUUAAAACGGGACUUCAUAAGUUUUGGAGAAAAAAAGCCAAAUUUGUGCCAUUUCAGACUGAAGAAUGAAUAAAAAUGCUGGACUUAUCACGAUGAACAUCACCAAAAUAAAUCGGAAAGGAAUGGUAAAUGUUCUAUCUUUGAAAACCUUCAUUAAUCGUUGAAAAUUCCGUUCAGCUUAGAAUUAGUAUUUUUUUUGUCUUUUUUGAAACAGCCAUUACAAAAAUGAUCGCAUCGCUUUAGCUUUAAGGCCGAGUGACCUGACCUUUCUCUUAAGUGUUUUUGACUGAGAAAAUUUGGUUCAUAAACACAAGAUAAAACUGGGAAAACUGUACUUAGUAAGACAAACAACAGCGUACGGUAAAAAUUGAGCCACACGCAAAAGCCGAAGCUUUCAUUUCAGUGAUCGUACGAUUUCGUCUUCGUUCCGCGAGGAAUUAGGAAAAAUUUAGUCCCCCAAUACAGCGUAAUAAGCAGCACCAUUUAAAUACAGAAAAGUACUAGAGUGAUAAAGUAAUAAACAGCACCACAGGAAAAUGUUGCUGAAGAAGUUUUUAUUUGAAUUGUCACAUUUGAAAAUUUUGUCCACAGACUCUUAAGUUAGAACCACCUUGUACAGCCGCAUAAUAAACAGUACCACAGGAAAGUACUGCUCAGUAGCUUUCAUUUGGAUAAUUACAUUUAAGUCUUGAUCCACAGGUCGACUCGAAAGUUAGAAAUCAAUUUUGCAGAGCAAAGAUAUUUCAAUAUACAGUAUUGUACAAGUACGUACAAUCUUUAAUAGCUUAAAAGGCGUAAUAAUGCAGCAAAAAUGAUUGAAUGAAAUUUUAAAUAAUUCGUUGGGAGAAUUUCUUGACAACGUAAUUGCAGCUUAAGUAACACGAAUUAGUUGAAAAACAGUAGGAACAAAAUCUCGUGUUGUACACAAAUUUAAGCUUCCACUUUUUAAGGCAAAAUUGCGUGAUUACUUAAGGGUGUAAUCACCUACAUUUCGCUGCAGCCUAUGUAAUAUAUAUACAGAAGAAUACGACUCAGUGUGCAUUCCUUGUGAAUAAUCGCUCAUAGCAAUAAUGACCAAUUGAAAGUAAUUGCUGCAGACUUAUUAAUCAAUACCAAAUUACGGGUCGGAAACCGAAUGAUUAAUGGUAGUGGCUGCUUCAUGGCGAAAUUAAUGGAAAGAAAAGUCAUUUUCAUUAAGUGGCAGAAACUAUAAAUCUGGAGAAAAGAAUCGCAUUUUAUUUUCAAAAAUACUGAAAAUUGAAUGAUGCUAUGUAAAAGUGCGGAUGAAGAGAUUUCGCCAGUGAACGAUCACAUACCUUAAAACAACAAGUCUUUCAGGAUGAUCGAGUCAGAAAUGGCUACUGAAGAAGGCCUCGUUGUACAUGGCUUAAACCGUGGCUGAAACUUCAAAUUUUAUAUUAGUUAAGAAAUUUUGAGGAAAAACAAAUAGUGCCGAGCACAUGUGUCGAUGAAAAGGCCGGAUUUCACUGGAAUGGUCGACCAUCAGAAGAUUUUGUCUGUCUAAAAAGCCAUGGUCUCUUUAAUUAUGGACUCUAUGAGUGCGAAGUUAAAAACGUUAAGAGUGAUAUAAAAAGUUAUUAUACAGGGAAUUUUUACCGAACCAAAUAGAAAAUUUCCUGAUUUCAAAGAUACGGAAAUGUGUGGCUGGUAAAGUUUUAUUUGAGUGUACGCAUUACAGGGUUUUGACAACGGAACUACUGUAACUCAAAAGUUCGAAAUCAAUCUCUUUUUCUGACGGGCACAACAAUCUGUUUUAUACUGAUAAAUUUUUACGGAACAGCGAGCAGACAUUUGUCAUUGUAAUGACGGUAGUGACUAAAUAGACCUAUGUUUUAGCUUCUGUGAUAUCCAAUAUGUAUGACAAAGAAAAAGUAAAAUAGUUUUGUUACCAAGAAUGGGAAGCUUGCCGAUUUUAAAAACCGCAAAAUCGUAUUGAACAUCUUGCCAGACAACGGGACAAUCGAAAUUUAAGAACUUUGGCGCCCGAAUAGACAACAAGGAAGCCGAUUAACAACCCAAAUCCCAAAUUUAACUUGUAUCUAUAAUUUUCCACUUGAAAAAGAAUGAUGAGCAAUCACAACCUAAUCAUUACGCAGUUACUUUCUAUCCAGUAGGAAUAAUAUAAUGUUGUCUACAUUCGAAAUAAACUCCUCAUUUAUCAGUUAGAAACACCUUUUUAAACCUAAGCUCUUCUUUAGAUCUUCUCAAGUUCAUUUUCUGUUAUGCUUUCUUUUUUUCUUUUUUUUGAACUUACUGCAAUAUCAAAUAUUUCUAGGUAUGAUUUCAUGAGUGGAUUACUCACUUUUAUAAACCGCAGGGUCAUCGAGAGGCGGGCGCCUGGCGCGAUUGUCGUCCGGCGUAUUGCGCAUGUCUUAAAAUUUUAAACAUGUUACGCAUCUCAGUCACCCGUCUACCGCUUCUUAAAGUUCAGCAACCCUGAGAAUAUUGACAAUUCAAUGGUUAGAAUCUACUGUUAAUUAAAAUGUAGGAACCAGAGGCAAUCAUAAAUCAGUCUGUCAUGAUUUCGUGAAUCUGUAUUAAUUGUGUAGAUUUUUAGAAAAACAGCUUACGUUUUUAUUAAAGCCUUCUUUAAAAUUCAUGGCCUUGUAUUUAAGAUGAUAAAACUUAAAUUAGCUGGACUGCCAAACCACGCCCUAGUAUUUGGACAUCUAAAACGGUGAGCCCCUAAACUGAUCUUUCACAUAUUAUCCUAGUCUCAUGUGAUAUACCAUUUCAUCUGUUCAUCUCAGUAUUGAUAAACGUUUUUUUCAAUUGAAAAGAGCUAACCCUAACAUUUUUAGUUCCUAAGUCCAACAGAAUCUUAACUAAUCAAGUAAUAUUUUAUUACGAACUAUUCCAGAUGAGUACUAAACAAUAACAAAUACAUGUACCAUGCAAGUCGAAUUUUAGCCAUAAAUUGGAAAAAGCGUCAGUAUCGAUCUAAUAGGUUACAUACCAUGAAAACUCAAAUUAAUCCUAUUGAAACUUAGGGCUUUGAAACAAAUUUUUUAGCCUCUCCUGGUACUGUCUUAGCCAAAAGGUCACCAUUCUUAGAACAAAAUAAAUUAUGUGCCAAAGAUGCCUUAUCUCUCGUAGCAUGGUGAAGAUUUUGUUUUGCCGGAUAUUCUUAAUACAUAAGAACUUACAAGGAAAAAGUAGUGAGGAUUAAUAUUGCAAAUCUGCAGCUCCGUUUUUCUUGCUUUUUAGUUCUUCUUUACCAAGUGAUUUGCAAAUAAUAAGCUAAGGUUCGGUUUUAACUGUUUUAAAUCUUGCGAAUCAGGGAUUUGUUGAAGAUCAGGAGCAAAAUUUAAUACCCUGGAGCCAUGUGCACCAUGGAGAUUUUACUUUUCAAUAAAAGUAUUGCAACAUAUUUCUGACCAAAAACAUUGCAAUCCUACAUAACAUACUGUAGCUCACGUCUGUUAUUGAGUGAUAGACUAGUGCAUUAAACGAUUGAUUUGACUUCAGUCUUUUGGCUUCUCCUGGUCUCAUCAUAACCGUUUUCUCUCCCCUUUUCGAUAUAUUACGAUUUUCUUGCUUGUAAAUAUGAUGUCUAUAUAAUCCCUGCACCUUAAUUUAGUAAUGCACAGUGAAUUGUUUUCUCCCUUAAGCAAAACAUAUGAAUCCGGGUAAUACACCGCCAGCAGAUCUAUUAAUGGUUGAAAGUUGUUCUAACUUUUACUAUACUUUUCAUAAUUUGCCGUCCAGAAUUGUGUUCGCUGGGAGAAAACAUUAUAACUUAUCAGGCAUUGUUGCAUGAUAUCAUUCAAUUUCGUUUGGCUGUAUGAAUACCGUUUGUCUAUCCUAUGUUCUGUAUUUUUUUAUUUUUUGUUUACUUAUAUUGGCGUAUUCAACGUAUCACCAAUCUUUUGUCAGUUUCUUAUCAUAACAGAUAAGACGCGAAGUGCUAACAGAAUCAAAUCACUACACUAGCUUUCUGCAACCUUCCGGUGGUUUAAGAAAAUCUAAUUAAAGUGAACGCUACAUAACGGUAAUAAUUAUAUAAAGAUUAUGAAACUAAGCGAAGCGAACCCCUACGGCCUCUUAAGGCGUAUUUAUUGUCACGUAUGUACACAACUCUCCCGAGGCACAUAUCGUGAAUUUCAAGGCUGAUAUCGUCUUUAUCUUUACUUGCUUCUCAAUCUCAAAAGCUGGGCCCUUGAGGCUUAAAUAUCAAUUUGUAAUUCACGAGCACGAUCAUCCACACGCACACGGAAAACGAAUUAUUCUGCCCCUUCGACUACCUUUGUCGAAAUCUUUUCAUCGUGAUCACGAACGCCAAGCUUUGAAAUUAGAAACGUUGUGGUUAGUAAUGUUAUCUUUCAAAGGCCUAAGCCGGCUAGAAGAUGAAAAAAUGAAAAUAACGAUUAUUUGUAAUACUUGUGAUCUGCUUAAAACAUGGAAUGUAAAACCUUAGGAAAAUGAACUUGUCUUUCUAUCCUAAAAUUAUAAUAAAGAUGAUGCCUUUAUCUGAGCAUAGCACGAGGGAUUUCAGUCAUCCUUCAUAAGAUUAGGAUACACAGAUUUAUAAAGUUUAGCUCGAACGUGGUUAAAUAAACUGUUCGCUAAGGAGGAAAAAACCAUAAUCUAUUCUUGUCCGCAAAAAAAAAGCUCAAAUGAACUACCUUGUAUAAAAAUGAGUGAGAAAUUGACGGGUGAAAGAAUUUCAUUUAAUUGCAACAGUACAUAAAUUCAAGAUUCUGCAAAUAUGAUAGCAAAUGUUUAGCAAAUUGCAACAGUUGCUAAAUAUGUGAGCAAAAUAUUUAUGUUUAGAUAUUAUAACUGAACAAUAUUGGUAAUUAUAGCCCGAAAUAGCUUGUGCCUGUUUUAACCUCUACACUGAAUCACUCUCAUCAACUUGUAGAACAACCUAUAUAAAACAAGUGUUUUUUUUAUGUUCGCGCAUGUGCUCUUUUUGUUUUGAGAUGCAUAUAAAAGCGAAUACUAAGGGGAUCACAUUUUUUUUACUUUUCCUCUUCAGUUGGUAUUUAAUAUACCCUCGUUUUCCUUUAAACUAAAAUACAUGACAUUAACACUUCUAUAACUAAAGUAAAUUUUAAAAAAAUCUUUCAUAAAAUAUUAGGAAGAACAGGAAUACAGUUAACCAAAGCACUUCAUAGCAGAGGUCCUUUGAUUUGAAUUUUCUUUAAAAUAGUUUAGUUUUUUUUUGGAAAAGGUUACAUGGCAUACAGCUAUAGUGUCUGACAAUUAAGAGAGUUCACAUUUUUAAGAAUAUAGUGACUUUUAUUCUCCAUGAUUGUCGAAUGACAAAGCACUGAACAGAAUCAAAGGUUUUUGCCAUCCGCAAGCUUAAAAGGUUAUGACAUUAAGCCCAAACAAAAAAUCAAGCAUUGUAUAAGUCUAUAAUGCUUGGAUUAUAACGAUAUGCAAGGCAUGAACAUUUUUACUUCGUCUUAUAACCGUCUUUAUAUGAUUUGAAAUCAAAUAUAAGAAAAACAACGCGUUUCAAAGGCUUAAACUUUUUUAAGUAGCUCUUGCUGCCAGAGAUUUCUAACUAAAUUCGGAUCGAGCCGCUUAAACCUUAAAAUAAAACUUAAUGAAAUUGAUCUCUUUUUUAACCUGUUACAUUCUGACUCAUUAGGUUUAACUGUUAUCAAUUAUUCAUGUUUCGUUAGUGGUAACUUUAAAAAGUUUUUCUUUUAUUUUUAGAGCUUAUCAGAGGGCUCAAAUCGAAACCUUUCGGUUAUCUUGAUUAGGGAAUUUAGUAGGUGUUAAACACCCGGGGGGUACUCUUGGGAAUAGUUGUUUAAGGGGAGGGGGCAGCUGUACACAGGCUACCCAAAUUUUAACGUACAUGGAAGAUUUUUUAUCUGCAGUAUCUCCAGUAUUAUGUGGGUGUUCAUUGUAACUGCGGCCCUUAGACCUAGGCCAAACGUCGAACUUUUCGUGAGAAGAACCAAAUUUAGUGAGUUAAGUUCACGAAACGUUCGACGUCCUGCUCUUCAGUUACUGAAGUUCGUCUGUAUGAGUUUGGAUCGUCCAACACGUAACAGACGAAUAGAACGUGUGAAGAUCGUCUCCGCGACAAUUCUGUCAACCUUCACAUACGACGAACUACACUUAUAGAUCAAACAUUUGUAUCAUAAUUAGUAUAUUUAGCUUCAUUCGGUUCGACGCGUCCUAAAAGAUCGACUUCUGACCCAACACGACGAUCUUAACUUAAUUUAGGUCGACUCAAAUUAGAGUUGGUUCGUCCCAUGAAAAGGUGGACGUUUGGCCUAGACCUUACAUUUUGCUGAUUUCUGUUCAUUCUUCAGGUCUUCUCGGUUUUAUAAAGAAACUUAACACCCAUUUCUACCAGUUACAUCCUUAUGAAGUGCCAUACCGGCCUCAUGUAACUCCUGAUGAGGUCAGGAACAGUUUUAAAGCGUUCGAUCCAGCCCCGUCCAGUAUCAAGAAGAUAACAGACACAUCAAAGGCAUUAUUGAAGGAACUCAAGACGAUAAACUUUAAAGCAGAGCUGAUGAAAGCUAGAGAAGUGAAAGCAGUGGCGAAAAUGAAUCAUUUUCUGCAGCAUAGUUUUGGAAAUGUGUAUGAUUUUGACUAUUAUUCAGGUAAAUAAAAAAUCGCGAAUAGUUUAUCUCGUGAAAGCGAAAUGAAAGUUUAUAUUACGAAAUUGUGGCAAAACUGAAGGCGCAUAGGUCAUUUUUUGAAGUUUUUGAAAAAAAACUCUCUUUAAAGAAAAUGAUUCUAGAGUUUUCGUAGUCCGCCUUCAUAAGUGAAAAUCAAGUGGUGUUCGUUAAGAUAGACUGGAAUUGCGCCACUAAGCAACGAGAUGUAAAGUUAAAAAUUUGAACCAUUCUUUUGGUACCUCCUCACUUGGGUAGCAAGCGUUUCUGCGCGAGUUGGUUGCUUUCUCGAGUAAGAGUGUCGGGUGGGGGGAUCAGAGACGAUAAGCCUGACGUCAAAGCCUCCACUCGGAGCACCUGACCCCAAAAAGGAGGGCGACGCAUCCUCUGAACGAGUGACCUUUGUCUUUUUCGGCAUCUUGACAGAACUGGUCCCUCGCUAGAAGACUGAUCAUAUUUUUGCUUUUGUUUUCCUUGUUAUUUUAAGGUCAGUGGAUGCUGGGACCCAACCGAUUCUGCUACACGCAAGUCAUUGCUAGGUUACCAUACCAUUUUCGCGCAUUCUUGAAGAAGCUUUCUCCACACACAGUGGAAGACUUGGAGACCAUAAUAGACGCUUUGAAAAGCUUCUCAAGAGGAAUUCGGCAAUAUCACGAAAAUGUCAAACUGGGGGUAAAAACUGGAAUGGUUGGAUCGAUCGAGGAGUGCAAAGUAGGAUUGCACUGUCUCAGCCAGGUCUACCCUAAAAUAGCGGAGGGAUUCAGGGAAGAAGACGUCAUACUAGAAUCCUUUCGAUAUCCCUUUUUGACUCAUCAGUUCCUAAUGCGAUUUGAAAACGCUUCAGGGAUGUGGUUCAAAAAGCACGGAGUCCAUUUAGAACAGGCAAUGGUAGAGAGCCUGAUAAGCCAUAUUGGUGUCCCUUUAGCAAAUUUGUUCAAAUACUUGGCGGAUGAUCACUUGAAACAUUGCGUGCCAAGUAAUGCGUCCAGCGGACUCUUCAAUCGCCCGGUUCGUUAUGUGUACAAAAAUGGAGUCCCUAAUGUAUCUCAGCCUGCGAGCAGGCGCCUUCCUACUGGGGAGUUGAUCGAUGGAAAGUCUGGGUACGAGAGAACGAUGCGCUUUUUUACCACAACCAACGACACCGCUGGUGAGUGACGACACGUUCGCCAUCUUUCCUCUGUUAUGAGCCUCUUUUUCGUUUUGAAACAUUAACUAUAAAGCAAGAAACUAUAAUCAGAUUUAGCAUGUCCAACUUCCUUUCCAGGUGGUAAGGGUCUUUUUCUUAAAGAAAAUCUGGAAAGCGAGAUUAAGCAGAGAAGGAAACGAUCGCAAGUCUAGUGCAAUUCGACUAGUUAUAAGGCAAGGGUUCGAGGCGAGAAGAGACGGUACUAAGAACGACUGGGGAGAGUAGAAAGUAUGAUCAAUGGCAUGGGCAUAAGGCAGAGCUAACGAGAGAGUAAGAGAAAGAGAAUUGAAAUCUUUUCCUUCCCCCUCAAAAAAAUCGCGAUGCUGCAAUUCUCGGUUGACCUUGACAGCUUGCAAAGAACUAUAAAACAAUGAACAGAAACAAUGCCUCUAUUCCCCCUCUCUUUCCACAAAAAACUUAACUGCUACUCGUUAAGACGAAAGAGUUACUGCACUGCUGUACUGAAUGAAAUCACCUGCUCUGGAAACUACAAGACAAAUACUGCAAUCAUUUUAACCCUUUUUUGUUUUUCCUUCAUGUACGCUCAAAGAAUCUGUCCACCAGCUGGGCUGGUCCAUGCUGAGGUCUCUUUAUCCCAAAGCCGUUGACAUCGCAAAGACUUUAACAGGGAAGGAAAACACGAGCGAAGCCGUGAGAUUAUUCCGCCAGUUUAUUCAUUCACCAUCUAUGUACUUCAAUGAAGAACCCUUCCCUAAAAACGAAUCAAAUGGUAAAGCGCACAGAAAGUGCAACAGCGAAGCGGGUGAGUUUACUCUUUAAUUGUAUACUCUCCACACUGGUCUCCAUACUUUUUUAUGGUACAGUGAAACCACCGCUUUACGGAAAUCCUCUUAAUACGAACACCCGUAUAUAACUCAACUCGCCCGAUGUAAGAGAAUUCGGAUCCCGGAAUCCGCGAUAUUUUUGUUUGCGGAAUUUCGGAAUCCUGUGCAUUGGAAUCCGGAUACAGCUCAGGGAAUCCGGAGUCCCACUAACGAUUGCAAUCCAGAAUCCAAGUUCCACUGACUGAAAAUCCGGAACUAGUACCUGGAAUCCGGAAUCCACGGCGUGGAGUCCACAAUCCUAAACUGUCUUGGAUUCCUUUACAUAGGGCGAUAUAUGACAGUUUAAUUUGUCCUGAUAGAAAGCCCAUAUUAUAUUUUGUAAAAUUACCCCGCUUAACGCGGACACCAGGGAAACGGACACUCUUCUGUGCUCCAAGUCAGAAACUUUCAUAUAUCCUCUAUCCUGCUUUACUUACAUUAGUUACCUGCCCUCUGUCUUUUUUAUUGUUACAAUCAUGUGCUAAAUCUAAAUCUAAAUCUAAUACUGUGCAAAUUUCGCACAUGGGAUAUAUGUGCACAGGGAAAGGUUAGCAGUUAUUUAGUCAUAGUAAUGGCUUUUACUGAUUAAAUCGUUAAUGUCUUGAUAUCUUAUGCUAAAUUUAGACAUUGUAUCAAGUUAAAUGAUGAUAAAUUAAUACAAUUUUGUUAUGUAAACACUAGUAUCUGAACCACAAGCACAUUUUUUUCUCUUCAACCUAAACAGGCGUGCCUAAAUAACUUUAACUGACACAGCGGAAAAUUUCCAUGUAAGGAAGUCCUCGGCAAUGUAUACGAUAUUGUACGCCACCCGAAUAGUUGGAAAGGAUUUUCGUUAUAACACAUAGUGACCUUUUGUGAUCUAUACCACAGAUGGAAUUUUUCUUAUGCACAUUCUCUUUGUCUAUUCAGGGGCCCGUAAAUUCUGUCCACGCCGUUAUGCCGCCAUGCAGCGCUGGUUCGAGUUUUCGCGUAGCACUCUCAGCCAACUAGAACCCAAGCUACUACAGAUGUUUUACUGGCCCCUAGGCCCCCUCAAGACUACACCUGUCUGCCCAGUUGAGGUGGCCAUAAACUUCACGCCGACCACUUCAGCUCAGAGUUACACCUCAAGUUCCCGAAGCUGCAGCCGACCGGCUUGGUUCCGAAUGCCUUUCUUUUUAGACCGCAUGGGUCCGAAGUAUUCCGAGUGGACUACGAGCGCUCACGAAGCCAGGCCGGGGCAUCAUCUUCAGUCCCAGGGACACGUGGAAAAUUUUCUGUAAGUUGAAUAGUCAUUACCCUUGAAAUGGUCCUCUUCGUUAAUUUCAUUCGUUUUAGCAAAGUGAUGAAAGUUCGAAAGUUUGAUUACUCCAUUUACAUAACGAGUUUUUCGUGGUUUUAACUCAGCUGGUAAGAUCGAGGUUUCGUGGUUUGCUUCCUCACAGACGGUGGACCAGCGCGACUGGUGAUCUUUUCCCUCGCGCCCGCGUCCCUCUCGAGCGUCCUUAUCGCCCGCCCUCUUUGCAUGUCUCAAUCUCCCCUUUCCCUUCAACUGACUGAUCUACAGUAUUUGGCACGGUAGUGACUUCUUAAGUUCUUCUUGCAUAUAGUUCUAUGUAAUAAUUCACGAAAUGUGUUGUUCUUUAGGGACUGGUGUGGUCCAUUAGUGAGCGCGUUGGUAAAGACCCGAUAUAUUGCUUACUCAGAGGGGUGGGCACUGUACGCAGAGAAUCCUCUUAUUUCCAUGGAAACUGGUAAGAUCACACCGACUGUUGUUGUAAGUUUUCGUAUAAAAGUGCAGUUUAACUUGGUUUUCGAUGGGCAAGAUGUGAAAUAGCUAAACUUGAAAAGUUAAGUUGUUUUGUUGUCUAGUGAUCCUGCAACGAAAUCAAUAUUAGACAAUGAAACGCCUUGUUGUUGAUGAUCAUGUUGUUGUUUUGCCUGCAUUCCACCAAUUUCCAUCACAAACCAUCUCAACUUUUUCUUAGAUCCGCAAUUCCCAAAGGGGUAACUGGGUGGGAGCCCAUCAUAUGUCGAGAAUUUUACCCACGUUAACAGUUGAGUAGAUUUCCACGUAAUGUCAGUUUAUGGCUCUCUUAAUUCUUUGCUAAGUAACGUUUGUGAACUUUAAGGGUACUUUUCGGGUGAGGAGAAGCGAUGACCGGAAACACGUCAUCGUUCGCAUACCAGAGGAGGUCUAAGUGUACAUAUAUAAACCAUUUCAGUGACACGUCUCUGUUGCAAAGUGCAUAAGAAGAACCAAACAGUUGUAAUGUAAGGUGUUAUAUACACGAGCAACUCAUUAGAAAUUAAAAACACCAUUUUGGAACGUUCAAGAAAACGUCUACUCGUCUGUUUUAGACAACAAACACCGUACGUAGCCAUUUGUUUCGGGACAUUUCAUUUGUUUAUCCGCACUCUCUCCCCCACCCACCACCCUAUGAAAGGCUAUCCUAUGUAGUUUUUGUUGUCGGCACCAUUGAAGAUUGCAUCCGAGGGUACCAAAAUGUUGUCGGCGCCAUUAAAAAAAAAAUUAUAAAGGCCUCCUUUUAUUGCUUAUAGUGGUGGCGGGGGGAAGGGGAGCUGAAAAAAAUGGAAUGGCCAAUUUUAUUUUGAUCCCCCCUCCCCGCCCCCCACUUUUUACUUCGCUCCGCCGCGGCUGAGUACUGUUUGUUAAGUACGUUUUCAUAUCUGUCUUUCCCUUCUUCCUCAGAUGUAUAUGAUGAAAAUCCACUGAGAUUCUAUGGAAUGCUAAAAUGGCAAAUAUGGCGCGCUUUGCGCCUCAUUGUGGACACCGGACUUCACUUCAAGGGCAUGUCACGUGAACAAGCAAUUCAGCUCUUCAGGCAUUAUGCCUGGGACGACACCGACGUGGCGGGAAAAGAGGUGACGCGAUAUCAGAGUGGUCCUGGACAGGCGACGGCGUACAUGAUCGGUCAGCGGGCUUUUAUAGAAAUGCGCGAAAAUGCUGAAAGAAGACUGGGCUCAAAAUUUGACAUACGGGACUUUCAUUAUCACUUACUAUCACACGGACCUGCUCCGCUAAGUUAUAUCGCGAAACGAAUUGACAAUUACGUGGAGUGUACAUUAAACAAGACUUAUCCUGGAUGCCAAGGAUAUUUUGCCUUUGAAUAUGAGCGAACGCUUUUUAGUCAGGGCCAAGGAUAUAAUUACGGCAUUCAGUGGGAUCACUUAGAGGAAUUUUAUUUUCCUCCCGAGAUUCAUGAAUUGUAA